GGGGUUUCGAAACGGGCAAAGAAACAGUUAAGCUCCUCUGCCAGUGUCGCACUCUGAUCCGCAGUUGUCAUAUUGCAGCCUCUGAAGUUCGUGAUGUCAUGAAUGCCCCGCCACACCUCCCGUGAGUUUUUGCUGGACAGAUGGGACUCUAUGCACCUCCUGUGGUCCGCCUUUGCUUUUUUAAUGUCACACCGAUAUAUCACAGAACAUUAACGUUCCAAUGAGGCGGGUUACGGUGAGCAAGUAAAUGUACAUUUCCUUUGAGUUUGUUUUAAACAAACAUGCCAUCAAUCAUUUGGGACUUAUUCACUGUUUCAGUAGAGGACAUUUGACUUUAAAGAUUUAUGGAAGCAGUACGUAGCUGUGCUGCUCAGUCCAGAUUCAGUGUUAAUAGCAGCGACCGCUAAGCCUGGGCCGAUAACAAAAUUUUGCUUGAUGAUAUAUUGACCUACAAUUUAUUGCAGAUAAACGAUAUAAGUCAUUAUUUUUUGUGAGACUAAAUCAACCACUUAUUUAAUGAUAAUACAUAAUAAUAAUGCAAGUAUACUGUUUCAAAUGCAAUGAACUUGUAUUUCUCGUAUAUUUUAACAUUGUAACUGAAAUGUAAACUUUUAAAUACCAAAGUUUAUAAAACAAACAAAUAAUACAAAUAAAAUAUACAGUUUCUAAGCAAAAUGUUGCACUUUUUGGAUACAAAAAAUAAUAACCAAAAGCAAUAAAAUAGGUUCUGUCUCCGUUAAAAAGGGCGUGGGGGACCCUCAAAUAUACACAAGCAAACCAAUAAAUAAAAUGGCUAAAUAAAGUUAUUGUGACCAAAAAGUACACACUAAAAUAUUUUAACCAAGUAGUGUUACUUUUAAUAACAAAUACAUAGACACAACAUACUUUCUCGGCAGAGGAAACAUCAAAUAUUGUUCUGGCUUCAUAAGACCCAUAUUAUUUUAAUUUCUGUGUUUAAGUAUGAUUAUCUUUUAUUUUAAUUGUAAAGUGUGAUCAGUUGUUUCACUUCCGGUUUAUGUGACAUCACGUGAAUUCCCUUCCUGUCGUUCGUGUCUGUCUGAUUCAAUUUGAUGCUGUCGAGUUUAUCGAUCACUUCGUACAAAAACAGCACAUCCUUUAUGUUUAACAUGAAUACUGUAGCUCACUUGUGUAAACAGCAAUGUGUUUGGACAAGUUUAGAUUGGGGAAUGACAUUUCGUAAUGAGUAAAAAUUUUAAUGUCUGUUGUUUACAUGUUAGCAAUAAAGCUAGUUAGCAAGCUAGCGCCAGUCCGUCCGUCCGUAUCAAAGUGCAGUUAUAAAUGACAGUUCUUUGAUGAUUUUAAUGUAAUACGGUAAUACUAACAGUCGGGAGUUUUAAAACGGUAAUCAUUACUACCAUUUAUUUAUAGUACAAACGCCUGCGGCCACAGAAACCAAUGCAAAAGAGUGACCGCUCCUGCAGACCGUCUCGCUCACCUAACACGAACACUAAAAACACAAACUUUGAUAGGCCCCACCUCGCCUCACAAAGAGUCAAAGACACUUAAUAAAGGACAAGAGAAGUCACCUUCUUUUCAUUCCGCUGGGGCACAAACGCGCGCAGCUGCUGAAACCGCUGAAAAGCUUGAAUGCCCUUGAAGCAUGCACACAGCGAUUUAUCGACGCAGUUCUAUGAUUAAAGGUGCCAUAUGUAAUAAUUUCAUGUCAAGUCAUCAUUAAAUGGCCCUGACAUGUCAAAAGGCAUUAAUAAAUCAUGUUCUUUUCGAAUACAUUUACAACUGAUAACAGUAGUUCAGCCGGGAUAUGCUCAUUUCAAAAUUAGAUUUACAGCCCCGAAAUCUUGUUAUUGUUUUUAUUUUGAUGCCCCGCCCUCCACCGUUUGAGUAAUUAGACAGUCUGUGAGUGUGUCACAUCCAAAUUGCCAGUUACGCACAGCCACCUUCGUUUAGUUACUGCCACUGGUAAAGUUACUAAACAUGUCAGACCUAAGUAAAUCUAAAAGGCGUUGUUACGAUUCUCAACUUAUUUAUGACAAAGCCAGGAACAAAACAAGGAUUUGUAUCGGGGAUGCCUUUGAAAGACAGAGACGAUUGAAGGGGGAGAAGAUUUUUUCAUCGGACGCCAAACUUGCUAAUUUCCUCCUUGAUAGGUAAGUAAGGCAUUUACGUUUUCUUAUUACUUGUAAUAAAUGGAAAUGGACAUUUUAAACUACAGUAUAUUGUCUAAUACAGUCUAUGAUCUUGUCUAACAAGGCUAGUAUGUUCCUGCAACGAAUGCUUAGUGUGAUGGUGCUUCGAUCCUAGUGUAAUGCUUAGCCUGCUAGCCUGGUCAAUGACACAUCGACAUAUAGGCUAACGGGGGAAAAAUAUGCCCGUUAGCCUGUAUGUCGAUGUGUCAUCCAACUGUCAGGGAAAAAUAUAUUUUCGACAAAUAAAACCUAUGUAGAUAUGGGUAGUGUCAGUGCUAGUGAUGGGUUGAUGAGGCGCCAUGAAGCGUUUCGACACAUUGCAAAACUGUAUUGAUACUGUGUCACUAAAUACUGAUAUCUGCUGGACAUUAAAAAUCCCUACAGGCAACCUAAGGACCGACUCAACUGACACUGAUUUUAUGACCUAGUAUAUACAAUAAUAUAAACCAAGUCAUUGUAUUUCAUUUAGGAUUAUUUCAUAUCUUCAUUUAAAUAAAAAUAUUUUUUUAAAUCUUUUUUAGAUACAGUCAAUAAAUAAUGUGAACAUGUAUCAUAACAUGGAAAUCUAAGAGAACGUGUGUGAAUGAGGAUGCUUGUGGACCUGGAAAUUAUUAAUUUUUUCCCCCCACAUUUUUAUUUAAAAAAAAACAGUUUUUCCAACCUAUUCAAUUUUAGACGCUUUCUCUUCUUAGCUAUUAUUUCUCCGGCUGUAGAAAAUACCCGCUCACAGGGCACAGAGGAGGCGUCAGUGCGACACAGUUCGCGUAUCGGUCACGUGACCAAAACAGCUCAUGAUCGGUCACGUGACUUUCUAAAAGCGGUACGCGCACCGACACAGAGUUUUGCUCUAUGAGCUCGACGCAUGCGCCGAUGCAUCGGUGUUGCCGGACCCAUCACUAGUCAGUGCCUAUUUCUUUCUCAAUAUGCUGAUACGCUGAGGAAAUGAGUUCCAACAUUAGCACGGCUAAUUGCGAUUUCUGGUACUGUGUGUGCAUCAAACACAUAUGGGGUGGUAUUUGCUUGGCACAAUGUAAUGAUUUUCUACUUUGUGUAUUGACAUGGUAGUAGGCUAUAUGAUUUAUGCCUAAUGUGGUUUUUGCGUAACGUGGGUUGGCUCAUAGAAUUGCACUCUGCACUGAAAGAUGGUGAUGUGAAUGCAGUGAGUCAAGUUGGAUGCAAUAUGGAGUUAUGCUGAAAGAAAUGUGGUGGUAAUUAUACUGUUGGCUUUGGCUUGCAAUCAAAGUAGGCCUAUGCGAUAUAUAACAUAAUUAUUUAGAUGGUGGUCAAACUAGACAUUUUAGCAGGGUAACAAUAACAAGCUAUCCCGACUCCCGACGAAAAUAUUGCUGUGUAACUUUACAAAUACAUUUGGCUAAUCGGCAUCAGUAAAAUGUGGCAUAAUUACUUAGUAAACCAUCUUGCAAGAAGCAUAAACAAGAGAAACCUACAACGUAGGACUCAUCAUUUGCCAUCUGAAGUUCCUUGGAGUAGGAUUCAGAUUCGUAUCUGGCAACCUCAAUCAUGGAGAGUAGGAGGGGACUACAGAAUUUUAACCGUGAUUGCAGUACUAUUUCUGGCCACAUUACUACAUAUGGCUCCUUUAACUGUAUUCCUCCAUAAAACAGAUAACAGCUCUGAUAAAUAUCUAUAUUACUUAAAAUAAACUUGGUUUUGUUUAAUAAAAUACUAUCCAAACAUUUAAUAAAGUCAAAUACAAAUAAGACAACAAACGAAGUAUCCUACACUUCUCUUUUCUAAAGUAAAUCUGUACAGCAGAUAUGAUCACCUACAUCAGACCUGGGCAUUCGGCGACCCGCGGGCCACAUCCGGCCCUUUGUGCGUCUCUGUCCGGCCCGCGUGAGGCCAAUCAUAAAUUACAAAAUAAAUUUAAAAAAGUAUCUAUGUCGAGUGUGCAAUACAACGGUGCUGCUUUUGUUUUCAAAAGCGUUAUUUGUAUUACUUCCGUGUGGACGUAUGCGCGUGCGUGAUUGUGAGUGAAUGUGAACAGCGGCAAUCACAAAUUACAAAAUACAUUUUAAAAAACAUCUAUGUCGUGCAAUACAACUGUGCUGCUUUUAUUUUGAAAAGUGUUAUUUAUGGACGUAUGUGUGUAACUUGUGAGUGAAGGUGCACAGCGACAAGUGAUGCCCGGUUACUCCCGAGAUGUCAGCUCACGCUAAAAAAAGAAAAGUUGAUGACGAAUGGCGUGUUUUCAACAAGACAUGGACUGCCAAGUAUUUCUUUACAGAAAUUAAAGGUAAAGCCGUGUGCUUAAUUUGUGGUACACAGGUUGUUGUGUUAAAAGAAUAUAAUUUAAUCGCCACUACACGACGAAGCACGAGGAACAAUACCGGAAUCUGUCCGAUGAAGAGCGCGCAAGGGAGGCUGAUGCUUUGAUGGUAAAACGGCAAACCCAACAAGGACUUUUUGCCAAAUUUCACACCCCCAGAGAUGCAGCCGUCAGGACAAGUUUCGUCAUUUCCCCACAAAAUCGCCAGAAAAAGUAAGGCGUUUUCUGACAGGGUUUAUUAAGGAGUGCUUAUUGGACGCUGACAUGCCCGGAGAAGAGGGGUGCAUUUGAGAACGUGUCACUCUACCGACGCACCGUAACGAGGCGGGUUGAGACCAUCGCUGGAAACUUGGAACUUUAGCUGAAGAACAGAACGGCCGACUUUGACUGUUUUUCGCUGGAUUUGGAUGAGAGCUGCGAUGUACGUGACACUGCCCAGCUGCUCAUCUUCUUACGUGGGAUAACUGCAGACUUUCAAAUCACGGAGGAGCUGGCAGCCAUGCAGUCAAUUAAAAGGGACAACCACAGGCAGUCCUCACUCAGGUCCGCAUGGAGCUGGAGGGGGCGUGGCCUCCAGCUACGGCUGAAAAUCGGGAGAUUUUCGGGAGAAUAUUUGUCCCGGGAGGUUUUCGGGAGAGGCGCUGAAUUUCGGGAGUCUCCCGGAAAAUUCGGGAGGGUUGGCAAGUAUGAUUAUGGCUCUCUCUUCAUUGUACUCACUGCGGUAUUUGAGGGUACGGGUGACGCUUUCUUCCUCUCCGCGUGUGCAUUUCCCAUCAGUGUGCUUACCAAUCAUUUCCAAUCCUUUAAUUAGUGCACAGUGCCCCAGCCUCAGCCUUGUGUACACCACAGUGUCCCUAAUUCCCAUUUUGAAACUUUGUGUGUGUUUUAUGUUGGAUUUUAAUGAAAAAUAACACCUUCCCUUACUCCCCUGUUCCCACUCUUUUUGCCACAUUCUGUCUGUUUCUUCUUGUAUUCCGCAUUUCCACUCCACCCUUCCAUAGUACUUUUAUUCCUAUUUCAUUUUUGUUUGAUGCCUUUUUUGCUCUCUGGUCAGCCUCCUCAUUUCCCUGUACUCCCACAUGUGUUGGCAACCCAAUCUCUGCAUUCUUCCCAGCAUUACCAUUGCUUCACUAAUUAAGUAGUUUCUUGCCACACUCUUCCCACCCAUCAAUACUGCUGCUGAAUCAGUGGCUUAACCUCCUCCGGCCAUCCAAGUGUCCAUAAAAUAGCCACAAGCUCUCCUGUAAAUACUGAUAGUUUGUUUGAAACCAUGCCGUAUUUGCAACUGUGGGAUGCUCACCCCUAUCGCUGCCCUUCCAUUAAUCAUAUUUCUGGAACCGUCUGUGUAUAUCUGCAUGUAAUCUGAUCAUUUGUUCUCGAAAUGUUUGUUUGUUACUUCUACAGGAUCACCUGCAUCCAUUCUUAUAUUGAACGAUCCACAUCGGACUCUGACAGGAUCCAAGGAGGAACAGGGUUCAAUGAAGAUUAAUGGCCAUCGUCACGGUGACGUCACGGUGAUUCUUUGCACCCUCUUUUUUUAUCCCCCUUCCUGUUUGAGCCGCACACUCUCAGCACUUUGGUUUCUGUCUGCGAGCAGUCCAGUGGUCUCUCUUGGCUUCUUCACCCGUGUUCCCUUGGCAACAUUUCAAAGUGCAUGCAGAUAUUUGGGGUCAGUGAUGGAGUUCUGGCCGACCCUGGCCCAGAUCCUGCUGAUGAGCAACCUCGCGGACCGGCUGCAAAUGGUGCAGAUGCGAGAUUUCAGCAUGAAGGACAUCAUUCAGCUCCACCCUUCAACAACGCCUCAUCCUGGAGGAUUCAAGUGCUUCACAUGUCAAGAUGCUGCAGAUAACUACGAGUGUAACCGCUGGGCACCGGACGUGUAUUGUCCACAAGACAGCAGGUACUGUUACACCACCCAUGUGAUGGAUCGCCAUGGCAACAGCAUCUCCGUGACCAAGCGAUGUGUCACCCCGGAGGCGUGUCUGUUGACGGGCUGUGCUGACGUCCAUGACGGAGGCCACCAGGUGUGCUCGUCCUGCUGCCAGGGGAACAUUUGCAACGUGUCGCUUCCCAGAAACCACAGCGUCGCCCUUUUCUCCUCCACGUCCCCUCUGGCCAGCGGGGCAGCCGCGCAACAUCACGCACAGACACCGAGUGACGUCAUCAUCAUUUGCGUCCUUGCACUAGGAUGUCGAUGAGACGCAAAUAGAGACCGGACGUGGACAUGAUAAUUCCAAAAAACAAAAACAUGUGGUUUAUGAUGACUUUGCAGUUUUUAUUUCAAAACACAUGGCAGCUCUGUGCUCAUAAACCAGAUCGUACUGUGCAAAACUUCUUUAGCCUGUGUGAUAUCAUGUGCGAUAAAAUCUAUCGUGCAGAGUGUUGACUUGAGUGUGAUAUCAUGUGCGAUACAAGCAGUCCUGUAGAGUGUUUACUUGUGUGUGAUAUCAUGUGCGAUAUAAGCAGUCCUGUAGCGUGUUUACUCAUGUGUGAUAUCAUGUGCGAUAACAUCUAACGUGCAGAGUGUUUACUUGUGUGGGAUAUCAUGUGCGAUACCAGCAGUCCUGUAGAGUGUUUACUCAUGUGCGAUAUUAUGUGCGAUAAAAUCUAUCGUGCAGAGUGUUUACUUGUGUGUGAUAUCAUGUGCGAUACAAGCAGUCCUGUAGAGUGUUUACUCAUGUGUGAUAUCAUGUGCGAUACAAGCAGUCCUGUAGAGUAUUUUUCCUCAUGUGUUAUCAUGUGCAAUAAAAUCUAUCAUGCAGAGUGUUGACUUGAGUGUGAUAUCAUGCGCGAUACAAGCAGUCCUGUAAAGAGUAAAAAUUACUCAUGUGUGAUGUCAUGUGCGAUACAAGCAGUCCUGUAGAGUGUCUACUCAUGUGUGAGAUCAUGUGCGAUAAAAUCUAUCGUGCAGAGGGUUGGCUUGAGUGUGAUAUCAUGUGCGAAACAAGCAAUCGUGUAGAGUGUUGACUUGAGUGUGAUAUCAUGUGCGAAACAAGCAAUCCUGUAGAGUGUUUACUUGUGUGUGAUAUCCUGUGCAAUACAAGCAGUCCUGUAGAGUGUUUACUUGUGUGUGAUAACAUAUGUGAAACAAGCAGUUCUUCUGCAUGUUUACUAAUGUGUGAUAUCAUGUGCGAUACAAACAGUCCUGCAUGGUGUUUACUUGUGUGUGAUACAAUGUGCGAAACAAGCAGCCCUUCUGCGUGUUUAUUCAUGUGUAAUAUCAUGUGUGAUACAAGCAGUCCUGUAGACUGUUUACUUGUGUGUGAUAUCAUAUGCCAAACAAGCAGUCCUUCUGCGUGUUCACUCGUGUGAUAUCAUGUGCAAUACUAGCAGUCUUGUAGUGUUUACUUGUGUGCGAUAUCAGGUGCAAUAAAAUCUAUCGUGCAGUGUUUAA